GUCGUUAGGUGCUAUAUAUUCCGAUGUUUAGAGGCUGGAGUUUCUCAUUUGAGACACUGAGAUACUGAGAAGACACCUACAUUGCCUUACCUACCUUAGUACCUCGUGUUUUGCUCAUACCUGUGAGGACGAUCUUCCGAUAGCCUGCUCAGAGAUUCCCGCCCGCCUGGACGCACAAAAGGCUGGACAUCUUUCUGCGGUCGGGUGUUUGUUGGGGGUGGAAGCCGAGAGAACAUUCACUUUCGUCAGGUACCUAGGCAACAGGAUCCACGCCAUCAGUCAUCUGGAGUCGUCGCUGCUAAGAGCUCCUCGCAACUUACACCUACAUCACCUACCGAUCUGCACUCCCCCUUCGGCGCGACUUGAUCUCGACACACGCAAGUAAGCAACCGAAAAGACUCGCACAGAGUACCGGCCGCGAGUAGUCACCCAAAUCAUCCACUUUCGAAGUUUGACACCACCACCCGACAAGCAGUCGUCACCGUCCACGGAGUCAGCCAUGCCAGCCAAGCCAGAAUCUCCGUCAAUAGCAGCCGAACGCGCGAUGCUCCAGUCGCUCUCCAGACAGUGCUCCGAGCUGCAUCACGCUAUGGACGACAACGAGGGCUUGGAGACGGGCGUCAACCUGAUGUUUGGCGUCAUAUCGCGCUGUAGAAAGAUCUCGCAGGAUCACGCCGAGAAUCUCAGUGUGCCAGACAAGCUAGAACUCGACGAGCACUGUCAAGAUGCUAUGCAGGUGGUCGGAAACAUGGCACAAAAGGCGUUCGCUUCCAGAGCCAACCCAACGAAAGACGUGGAUAUGAGAGCCAUGCGUUACACCCCAGGUAUCUCGAUGCUGCCGAUCACGACUUCGGCACUAGCGCUCCGCAUGCUAGCCAUCCGCCAGAACAUGUGCGAGUUAUGGUCCCUGGACGCGAACGCAAGCACUGUCCUGAGCACGGCGAGUAAAGUGCUCCGACUCUGCUCCGGUGCCGAAUUUACGCUUCAUUGCUCAAACGGACAGGCUCUGAAGCUGGAUGCCAUGGACUUUGCGGACAUACAUGCCAGGCACACUAAGAAGGAACUGUUCGACAUCGUUGUUUUGACUUUGAUGUGCCUUGCCAGAUCGCAUUCCGUCUGGUUCAAUGCCACGAUACCGACCACUGAGCCGAGACGAGCAGUAAUGCUGUGGAAUAUCAAAAUACCUGGCACCGGCUCCGAAGUCCUUGCAGGUGCGUCCGGACGACGCAACUGCAAAAGCAGCCGAGUCAUAGACAAUAGGGCCAUGUCCUCGCAUCAGGCCUCAUACAUCCAAGUUCUGCGCAGCAAGUUGACGCAACUUCGGAGCAUGUCUCCAAAUUCGCUUCCGUGCCACAGUAAAAAAUAUCUUCCGAUAGAGACACCAUCAAUGCCUGACACCAUGCGGCUUCCAGAGCGAGCUGAUAGGGUUGUUGCGUUUGUGGAAAGUGUCAUUCGAGGUCGCAAACUGGAGCGCGACAGCUUCGAUAAGACCUACAACGACAGUCUAUUCGGCUGUGCCGAGGAGGCAUUGACCCAUCUCUUCUUUGCCGCAAUGACAUUCUUCGGCGUUUCCGAGCUCCCGUCUGCCACCACGCCUUCCGUAUUCAGACCGUCAUUGAGUGAACGACCGCGACCAAUACCGAGCGAUACGGAUGGACUGCGUAGUUGGCUGAUAGAGGGAGCGCUCGAUCGUGCCGGUCCUCUGGAAACGAGCAUCUCGACUCGUGUGAACAUGACCUGCUCGGUGGUGGAGUACGCCGUGGGAGAGACCAUGAUUUCCGCGUUCUCUGCCGGAGUGCCAGAGAUGCUCCUGUUGCCGGCGGUGCACAACAAGGAUGACGCAUGGAGAAGACAGAUGUUGAGUUAUGUGGGAUUCGCCAUUGUGGCUCAGGCUCAGUAAGUGAAGCGUUCGUCACCAGGCGCUUUGCCGUCUUGUGGUCUCUGCCCGAGAGUGAGAGUCCAAGAGCGGCAUUUGUUUCCGGUCGCUAACCUUCUCACCGCAUCCAGGCACUUGUCGAGACAUUUUGACGGAAGAGAUGUCAAGAUCCUGAACAAGCUCGUGUUUCCGUGGAAGAAGGUUGUGGACGAGAGCGUGAUCGAGAAGUACGCGGAGCAGCGGGUGAGCUACAGCUGUAGCGCCUGGAACAAGGAUUGAGAAUGUGGGAAGGAUGGAGAAUUCGGAUGCGGUGCUCUCAGCAAAUCGAGGAGGGAGCAAGCCAGCCAGCAAGCACUCGUAUUUGAAGUCCGUAUCGGGGAAAUUAUAGAGCGUGCCACAGAGGAAGAAGGUGUUGGUAGUAGUUUGUAUGUGUUUCCAAUCAGCAAUUCAACAGCUUUCGCAGUUCAAAUCCAUGGCUCCCCGUAGAAUUCCACGAGGAUGAACGUCUCCUCGUUCG